AUGGCCAGCAGACUGAAGAAGCUUUUACCUCACCUCAUCCUAAAAAAUCAGAACGGGUUUACCCCCGGAAGAGAGUUAGCGGACACCAUUAUUUUAGUGUCUAAAGUCAUGCACUCCAUUCAUAAAGAGAAAUCAAAAGGUAUGAUCAUAAAGCUUGAUGUUGCAAAAGCUAAUGACAGGGUGGUAUGGCAAUUCUUGGUUAAGGUUCUUAGUUGUUAUGGCUUUCCAAAGGAAUGGAUUGACUGUGUUAGUUUCUGCAUUUCCACGGUUAGUUUUUCUUUGCUUGUCAAUGGUGCGGUUUGUGGCUUCUUCAAAGCUACCAAUGGAUUAAAGCAAGGGGACCCUUUAUCCCCGGCUCUCUUUGCUCUCAUGGCAGAAGUCCUCAGCAAUUUAAUAAAAACUAAGCAAUCUGCCAAGCAUUGGAAUGGUGUACGAGUUCAUAGAUUGAUAGAGCCCUUCGCCCAUUCACAAUUUGUUGAUGACACAAUCCUGUUUGGUGAAGCAACGAUGAAAGAAGCCAAAGGAAUUAAAGAGGUAUUAGAUGAAUAUUCGAAGCUAUCAGGUCAGGUAAUGAAUGUGGAUAAAUUGCAAUUUUUCUUUUUUAACACAGGAAGGUUGAUACAGAACCGCAUUUCACAAAUGCUUGGCUUCAAAAUUGUUGAUCUUCCCAUCAAGUAUAUGGGGAUCAGAAUUAACAUGGGCAGUAGGCAAUCUCAAAUUUGGAAGAUGUACUUAACUCUUGUGAGUUCAGUUGGAGCAAAAUUAGAUGGGCUUCUAAAAAAGUUUGUUUGGGACGGGGCCAAGGAUCAUAAGAAGAUACCUUUGAUAAAUUGGGAUACAAUGUGCAUGCGAAAAGAGGAUGGGGGAGCAGGGCUAAGAAAAAUGAAAAGGGGCUCUCCCACUUGGAAUUUCCUCUGGAACAACAGGGACAUAAUAACAAACCACAUCUCUUGGAAGAUGGGCAAUGGAACUAGGGCCAAGUUCUGGCGGGACUCAUGGGAUGGGGAGAUGCCGCUAUCAAAAUGUUUCGAAGAUCAAGUUUGGUUCAACACCAUCGAAAAUGUUAUAAGCACGCAAGUAGCCAACUAUUUUGAGAAUACUAAGCACCAUGGUAUGAGGUCUUGGAAAAGGGUAACUAUCGACAAUUCGCAAAUGUGUAAAAAACUCGAAGAAAUACUUAGUAGCAGAUCAAUAUUAGCAUCAGAUGAAGAAGACAACUUAUUCUGGUGUGCAGCAAAGUUAGGGGAGUAUAGUGUUAAGUUGGGCUAUGAAGUCCAAAGGCAUAAAGCUUUCAAUCUGAAUUGGCCUAGUAAGUUGUGCUGGAACAGGUGUUGGGACUGGUUCCUUGGAAUGGUUAGCCUAUAUACAGCUAGAAGUGUGACUCUAAAAGAAUUCCUUGUUGCAUGGCCACGAUCUAGUCAGUCAAAAUGGGGCGUCUUAUGGUUGAUCGACCUAGCAAUAAUUGUUUGGUCUAUCUGGAAAGAGAGAAAUAAGCAGAUAUUCAAAGAAUCAUCCAAGCCAGUGGAAUUAGUCAUAGACAAUCUUAAGGCAGGCAUAGAAGAAGUCAUUUGUGAGGCAAUCCGAGACAGGCUAGCUUUGGAGCAGUCAUUUGAAAUGAGGAUGGGAAUAUGGUGUUUGAUUGAAGGUGAUUCUCAGAUAAUUAUAAACGGGGUAACUACCGGUAGAUUAAUUAAUUGGAAACUAGCUAAAUGGUUGCCUCACAUUCGGUCCUUACUUCAAGCAAUCAAGCCAUAUGAAAUAUCACAUAUACACAGGGAGGGAAAUCGAGUAGCAGACUUGUUAGCUAAUCUAGGAGUCAAUUCAUAUGCUGCAGAAGUGUCAGUAGAUCCCAAGGCAUUGAGUUCAGAGAUUACAGACUUGUGCAAAAAAGACUUAUUGAUAAGAAAAUGCGACGGAGUGGGAUGA